AUGGUAGGUUGGUCAGCAGUGGUGUUUUUGCUGGGAGUGUUCUUUGAAACUACAAUGGGCUUGAUUACACUGGACAUGGCUCUGAACUCAGUAGAUGACAUGUACGCUGGCUGUGAAGACAAGAUGGGGCAUAAAGUGAAGACUGAGUUUCUGCUGAAUGAGAAAAAUCAGAACAAAAAUUUCUCCCUAGCCUGGAAUGAAGCAGUAAAAUACUACAAUAAGAAAUGGAGACCCAAACAUGGAAAGGCCCCCACAAGAACCCUGACGAAAGAGGAAAUCAUGGCCAUUUAUGUGUACACUAUGGAUAAACCCAAAGUCUACGCUGAAUUCAAUGAUGCAGUUAGAACACAGAAAAUGAAGUACAAAACAACUUUCAAAUACCACACUCUGCACUUCUUCCUCACAAGUGCCCUGAAAAAGCUCAGCACUCACAGAGGUACCCUAAAAAGAUGCCUGACUGGCUAUAGAAGGGUCAACAGUUACUUCAGCCAAGAUGUCCUUAACAAGCAGAUUCGCUUUGGCUCUUUUACCUCCAGUUCAAUGCUUGGUUAUCAGCAUCCUAACAGAUUUGGUGAUGAGACAUGCUUUGAGCUCUCCACCUGUUUUGGAGCUGACAUAUCCCUGUACUCUAAGUUUGGAGAAGCGGAAGCAGAAGUUUUAAUUCCCCCAUAUGAGGCAUUUAAAGUGACCCAGAUCAACAGGAGAUCAGAGCAAAAAAAACUUCCAUGUGAUGUUGUGUUUAAACUGAAAAGCACACAGAAAGCAAUUUCUAACCUUAACUGUGCUUUCUUCUGA